CGACGUGGAGGCGGCGGAGCACGGUGGAGGGAGUGGCCAGCGGCCCUGCUCAGAUUAAGCAGGAGGCGCGCCGGCCGUCUGCACUCGCGCGGCCCCGCUCGCUCCGGCUCCCGGCCGCUGCCGUCUCGCCUCUUUCCCCUUCUCAACGCGUCUCCAAUCCGGCAGCCGCCGGACCCGGCGGUGAGAGCGUGGGGAAGAGGCAGCCGAGCCGCCCGCGGAAUUUGGCGCGGCGGGAAGUGCGCGCCGCGCGGGCGGGCGCAGAGGUGGCUCCCGGGGCGGCGGGCGUCCCCACGAGACUUUAAACCCAGGACAUAGAACCUCACUUGUAGAUGAGAGUCUUCUGGAAGAGAAGAGUGGCAGAAUUUUUUUUAAGUACCAAGAUUUGACUAUGAAGUAAUUCGUGCACAUGGCAUUGGUAAGGCGCUCUUUCAGGUGGAUCAAGCCCUUGGCCACAGAUUCCUGGUCGCUCGUACUUAUUCUCUUUUCUGUACAACAUGCGUACGGGGGUGGAAAGAAGUUUACUGGUCCCUGCGGAGGAAGAGAUUGCUCUCUUUGCCAGUGCUUUCCUGAAAAGGGGUCUCGGGGUCAGCCAGGACCACCAGGGCCACAGGGUCGUAUUGGACCCCUGGGGCCACCAGGACCCAUUGGAAUUCCAGGAGAGAAAGGGAUGAGAGGUGACAGUGGCCUUCCUGGAGCAGCAGGUGACAAGGGUGAUAAGGGUCCAACCGGUGUUCCUGGAUUCCCAGGUUUGGAUGGGAUACCUGGGCACCCAGGGCCUCCUGGAUCCAGAGGCAAAUCUGGCAUAGAUGGCUACAAUGGCUCAAGAGGUGCUCCAGGGUUUCCAGGAGAAAGAGGAGCUCUUGGCUCACAAGGCUCCCCAGGCCUUCUUGGGAAAAAAGGAGAAAAAGGAAAUUCAGUGUUCAUUUUAGGUGUCAUUAAAGGUAUUCAGGGUGACAGAGGGGACCCAGGACCUCCCGGCUUACCAGGCUCAAGGGGAGCGAGAGGGCCAGCAGGCCCAGUGGGAUACCCGGGAGAGCCAGGGUUAGCAGGACCUCCAGGCCCUCCUGGGAGUCCAGGGUUGAAGGGUAAUCCUGGCGUGGGAGUAAAGGGGCAAAUGGGAGACCCGGGUGAGGUUGGCCAACAGGGUUCUCCAGGACCCACCCUUCUGGUGCAGCCCCCUGAUUCUGGUCUCUAUAAAGGAGAAAAGGGUAUUAAAGGAACGCCUGGAAUCAUUGGACCUCCCGGACCACCAGGACCCAAGGGGGAACCCGGUAUUGGGACAAAAGGCGAGAAAGGUAUUCCUGGGUUUCCAGGACCUCGGGGGGACCCUGGCUUCUAUGGAUCUCCAGGUUUUCCAGGAUUAAAGGGCGAACCAGGAGCGUUUGGAGAUCCUGGGCCGUUUGGAUUUCUUGGUCCAAAGGGAGAUCCUGGAGACCACGGGCACCCAGGACCACCAGGGGUUUUGGCAACUCCAGCUCUUCCACUCAAAGGGCCUCCAGGGGAUCCAGGGCACCCUGGCCGCUAUGGAGAAACGGGGACUGUUGGACCACCAGGUCCCCCUGGUCCCCCUGGUAGACCAGGGGAAGUCUGUGCAGGCAUGAUGGGACCCCCUGGGCCACGAGGGUUUUCUGGUCAUCCAGGAUUUCCAGGGGCAGCUGGUGUUCCUGGGAGAGCUGAUUCUGCUCCAGGAAAACCAGGCAACCAGGGACCACCCGGCUUGCCUGGAGUGCCAGGGUUGCCGGGACCUCCAGGAUCAGAUGUUGUAUAUUGUAGUGCUGGGCCUCCUGGACCACAAGGAAUAAAAGGCAAAGUGGGUCCUCCAGGAAGAAGAGGCUCAAAAGGAGAAAAAGGAAGCACAGGGCUCUGUGCCUGCCAGCCUUGUCCCUCAGGCCCACCUGGCCCUCCAGGACUUCCUGGGAGGCAAGGGAGUAAAGGAGACUUGGGACUCCCUGGGCGGCUUGGAGAAAAAGGUUACCCAGGCCUUCCUGGUGCCAGAGGAUCUCCAGGGCCACCAGGAAAACCUGGUACCUCAGGACCACCUGGCAGCAAAGGAGAAAAAGGUGACCUGGUUGUAUCAAGAGUGAAAGGGCACAAAGGAGAAAGAGGUCCUGAUGGGCCCCCAGGAUUUCCAGGGCAGCAGGGACAACACGGUCAAGAUGGAUAUGCUGGAGAAAAAGGGGACCCAGGACCGCUGGGAGAUCAAGAAGAUGCAGCCCCAGGUGAUAAAGGGCCUCCUGGACCACCAGGCCCCCCGGGCAGAGCAGGACCUAGGGGGCCUCCAGGACUGGGAUUUCCUGGUCCACCAGGAGAGAGGGGGCAACCAGGAGCUCCAGGCUGCCCAGGCAAGAGGGGCCCUGAUGGCUGGAAGGGUCAGAAAGGUGAUACAAUUCCUUGUAACGUAACCUACCCUGGGAGGCCAGGCCUGCCAGGUUUUGAUGGACCUCCAGGUCCGAAGGGAUUUCCAGGUCGUCGGGGAGCUCCUGGGUUGAGGUGUUUGGAUGGGGAAAAGGGUCAACGUGGCAAACCAGGAAUCUCAGAAAUCCCUGGUCCACCUGGUUUUCAUGGUGAUAUGGGAGAUCCAGGUUUUGGAGGUGAAAAGGGGUCCUCCCUUGUCGGGCCCCCAGGCUCUCCAGGUUCACCUGGAGUGAAUGGUCAGAAAGGACCUCCGGGAGACUCUGCUAUUGGCUACCCAGGACCCCCAGGAAAGAGGGGUCUUUUAGGAGUACCAGGGUCAAAAGGACUCAGAGGUGAUCCCGGACGACCGGGGGCUGCAGGGCCAGCUGGCAUGCCCGGAUUCCCGGGUCUCAAAGGUCCCAAAGGGAGAGAGGGAAGUGCCGGGUUUCCAGGGAUCCCAGGUCCACCCGGCCAUUCCUGUGAAAGAGGCGCUCCAGGGAGACCAGGGCCACCAGGGCUCCCUGGAGCUCCAGGAAGUCCAGGUGCCCCAGGUUGGAAAGGACAACAAGGGGACAUGGGGCCUCCUGGACCCGCUGGAAUGAAGGGCCUCCCCGGAUUCCCAGGAUGGCCAGGGGCAGAUGGACCCCCAGGGCCCCCGGGAGUCCCAGGCCCCGUUGGGGAUGAUGCGCUACCUGGUCUUCCAGGCCCAAAGGGACCCCAGGGGCUGCCCGGCUUCCUGGGUUUUCCGGGAGAGAGAGGAAAACCUGGCCCAGACGGACACCCUGGCAGAAAGGGAGAACCCGGAGAAAAGGGUUGGCCCGGCUCCCAGGGAGACCGAGGAGCGAAAGGUGACAAAGGAGCAAGAGGACCCCCAGGAUAUGAAGGAGAAAUGGAUAUUGUUUCUAAAAAGGGGGAAACCGGGGAACCUGGACCUCCUGGAGAUGGUGGAUUCCCAGGAGAAGAAGGUGAUAAAGGCCAUCCUGGGAUACAAGGCAAGAAAGGAGAGCCGGGAAGCUGUGGACCACCUGGAUUUCACAGGGGGGAGCCCGGGAGGAAUGGGCAGCCAGGCCUUCCUGGACCCCCAGGCCCUCCAGGCUCACCUGGGCUGAGAGGGCUCAUUGGCUUUCCGGGAUUUCCAGGUGACCAGGGUGAGCCAGGUUCUCCAGGGCCCCCUGGACUUUCAGGACUUGACGGUACAAGAGGACCUAAAGGGUACAAAGGGGAACCUGCAAGUCAGUUUGGCCUACCUGGUCCAAAGGGUGAGCCAGGGAGCCCUGGAUAUCCAGGACAUUUGGGAGCACCUGGAGAGCAGGGCUUGCCCGGUGUUCAAGGACCUGGAGGACCACCGGGAAGGCCAGGACCGCCUGGCUCCUCUGGACCAGCGGGGUGUCCAGGUAAUCCUGGGCUGCAGGGCCAUCCAGGAGAAAUGGGGGAUCCUGGGCCAAGAGGCCUCGUGGGGGAUCCAGGGGCACCAGGGCUUCCGGGAAUAAAAGGUCCCUCCGGGUCGCCCGGCCUGAACGGCUUGCACGGUUUAAAGGGUCAGAAAGGCAGCAGAGGCACUUCAGGUUCCCAUGAAACGGGCCCACCUGGUCCAGUGGGAAUGCCCGGGCCAAAAGGCGAGACAGGAGACCCCGGGAGCCCAGGAAUUUCUCCUCCAGGACUUUUUGGAGACAAAGGUCCCCCAGGUCCCCCAGGGAGACCUGGACCGCCUGGUCCUGCAGGUGCCCCAGGAAGAGCUCUUAAGGGUGACAUUCCGGACCCGGGUCUGCCUGGAGAUCAGGGACCUCCUGGCCCCGAUGGUCCAAGAGGAAUACCCGGGCCUCCAGGGCUCCCUGGGAUUGUUGAGCUUCUGAAAGGUGAACCAGGUGACUGUGGUCUGCCGGGGCCUCCAGGUCCCCCAGGCCCACCAGGCCCUCCAGGACGCAAAGGCUUCCCAGGAUGUGAUGGAAAAGAUGGCCAGAAAGGACCAAUGGGAUUCCCGGGGCUGCAGGGGCCACCUGGAACUCCUGGGCCACCUGGAGAGAAGGGUUUACCUGGACCUCCAGGUAGACAGGGGCCCUCGGGUCCUCCAGGUUCCAGAGGUGAACCUGGGCCCCCUGCAGACUUGGAUGCUUGCCCCCGAAUCCCGGGGCUUCCUGGGGUACCAGGCCCAAGAGGACCAGAAGGAGCCAUGGGGCUCCCUGGAAUGAGGGGCCCCCCAGGACCAGGGUGCAAAGGAGAGCCCGGGCCGGAUGGCAGGAGAGGCGAGGAUGGCCUUCCAGGGUCCCCUGGGCCUCCGGGACGCAAAGGUGACAUGGGAGAAGCGGGCUGUCCAGGAGUACCAGGCCCUCCUGGGCCCGUGGGGGACCCUGGGCCCAAAGGGUUUGGCCCUGGAUACCUCAGUGGCUUCCUCCUGGUUCUCCACAGUCAGACAGAUGGAGAACCCACCUGCCCCGCGGGCAUGCCCAGGCUCUGGACCGGGUAUAGUCUGUUAUACCUGGAAGGACAAGAGAAAGCUCACAAUCAAGACCUUGGUCUGGCGGGCUCCUGCCUCCGCAUGUUCAGCACGCUGCCCUUCGCCCACUGCAACGUCCACCAAGUGUGCCAGUACGCCCGGAGGAACGACAGGUCCUAUUGGCUGGCGGGCACCGCGCCGUUGCCCAUGACGCCGCUCUCGGAGGAGGAGAUCCGCCCGUACAUCAGCCGCUGCGCCGUGUGCGAGGCCCCCGCGCCAGCCGUGGCCGUGCACAGUCAGGACCAGACCAUCCCGCCGUGUCCGCGGGCCUGGCGGGGCCUCUGGAUUGGGUACUCUUUCCUGAUGCACACAGGCGCUGGGGACCAAGGAGGCGGCCAGGCCCUCAUGUCACCCGGCAGCUGCCUGGAGGAUUUCAGAGCUGCACCGUUCCUUGAAUGCCAAGGACGGCAGGGAACUUGCCACUUUUUUGCAAAUGAGUAUAGCUUCUGGCUGACAACUGUGAGACCUGACGUGCAGUUUUCCUCCGCACCCUCACCGGACACCUUGAAAGAAAGCCAAGCCCAGCGCCAGAAAAUCAGCAGGUGCCAGGUCUGUGUGAAGCAUAGCUAGAGAACCCACCGCUUGUCAUCAGGCCACCAAGAGAAACUUGCUAGGAGACUAAGGCAUCCUAGGCUGUGCUGAGAGAUUCAGUGGUGCUCAUCUUGGACUCCUGGUUUAGCUGUUCCUUCUGUUUCGAUGUGGUUAUUCCCACAGUACUGCAAUCCCUUCCUCUGUUUGGGACAGACUAAGCAAACGCUACACGUAUGGAUUUGUUUGGACCUACCAACCUAGAUGAAACCCAGAUAUUCUUAGCUGGCUUUAUUUAAAAGUAUGCUAAUUCAGGGGAAGGCAAAUAGAUGAUAAAGGCCAGAUUACAAAUUA